CAAUGUGGAAACCAAAUCGGACAACAAUUUUGGAAGAUGGCUGAGAAAGAUAGAAAAAAUACUGGUUAUGUAUUCCAUACCAGAGAUAGAAAACUUAGAUCUAUUAAUGUAGACAGUGAACCCAAAGUUGUAAGAUCAUUACUACAAGAUACAAAGAAAAGCUGGUUUCGAGAUUCUAACAUCAUACUUGGAAAACGAGGAAGAGGGACAAACUGGGCACUAGGUUACCAUGGAACCAGACAUGAACCAGAAUGUGCUGACGAUUCCUUACUGAAUAAAACUCUUGAGUCUCUUAGAAAAGAGAUAGAACGAUGUGAAUCCUUCUCAGGCACCGUCUUACUACAUAGCCUAAGUGGAGGUACCGGAUCAGGUCUGGGUGCCCAUAUUUGUGAAUGUAUUCGGGAUGAGUAUCAGUUGCCCUACAUGAUGUCAGUUGUCAUAGCGCCGCAUCUUUCAGGAGAAAGUCCAUUACAACAUUACAAUUCUCUGUUAUGUUUAGCCAAGCUGCAAAGAAAUACCGACUCUGUUGUUUUAUUUCAAAAUGAUGAAGUACUUUAUCAACUGAAACGAAUGCAUAAGAAAUCUGACAGCGGGAUCUCAUUUGCCGAUAUGAACCAGCAUAUAGCAGCAUGUAUCGGAGGUGUUUUCUUACCCGUCACAUCACUAACACCUACAUGUGGAAUGCCAAUUGGUGCAGAGCCUUGGGAAAUGGUGAGGUCUAUCUGUCCAAUGCCUUCUGUAAAGUUUGCAUCCAUCAAUCACAUCACUAAAAGCAAAGCAUCAUGGGAUACUUUGGCAUCUUCUCUUCUACACACGGUUCCACGCCAUGGUAUCCAUGGUGAUGUUUAUUCAGCUAUGUCAACCGUGUGUGUCGUCAGAGGAGAUUCAACUAACACUUUCCCACGAUACAUCAGGACAGUAGAAGAUAAAAUUAAACAUGUGUAUAACUGUGUUUCCUGGAAUCCAUUCCCUGUGGAUGUUUGGAUCAGUGAUAUGAACCCAGCUUCAUUUCCUGGUACAGCAUCCAUGACCAUUGCAGCAAAUCGGAGUAACAUUAUCGAAUAUACUGAACAUAUCUUGGAAAGAUCUAAAGAAAUGUUUGAUGCUAAAGCUUACCUGCAUUGGUACUGGAAAUAUGGAUGUGAGCAGCAAGACUUCUUAGAUGCCUUUGAUACCUUAGAAACAGUGGUUUCCAAUUACAAAGAUGCAGUGAGGUGAUCUCUAUUGAAGACCAUUGCAUGAAUACAGUAAACCACUUAUCUUUUUGAAUUUCACAAGAAUGGACAAAUUGACGCACAAGAUAAAGUCGCUUUCAUAUGUAAAUUUGAUCAUAAAAACAGUUUGUCCACUUUUUAUUAACUAGUCUCCGAUCAGUUAAAUUGUAAUGAAUAUUUUGUUUGUGGCCAAGAUUGAGACGACUCUGAUGUUUUAGAAACAAGCGACCAUGUGGUCGAAAGAGCUCCGCUGUAAUUGUUAACUGCGAGUCGGAAACGUAGGGUGGAGUGAUGUUGAUAAAGUUUGGCACCAGAAAAGAAACCUGUCAUUGUAUUAUUACCAGUUUGAAGAAAUGGAGAUCAUGGAGUAUGAUAUGACCAGUCAGGACAAGAUUUUUAAAAUUAAAACCUAGACGUCAACUUCAACAUAGAUGUCUAAUAGCAGCAACAUUGAAAUGACCUUGACCUGAAAUUCAACAUUUCUUAAAAGCAUUGGCCCGGGUAGUUCAGAACCCAACAAUAGACUUAUCUCUUGCAAUCCAUGUGUUAUACAUAGCCCAUAUAUAAUGUAAGAAAAAAGUUGACAGACGCAGACAGGUCCAGUCAACCCA